AUGGCCUUUAUGAAGCAAACGGGAGAGUGCAUGAAGGACUCCAACAAAAGGAUAGUGCAGGUUGAAGCUAAUGUGAAUGCCUUGAAUAUUCACAUGAAGAGCAUCGAUAACCAGAUCAGCCAGAUUUCACAGGCAGUGGGUAUUCAGCAUCAACCGGGCCAAUUUCCUUCACAAACAGUUGCAAAUCCUAAAGACUGUAAGGAUUGCAAAGCCAUUAAUCUGAGAAGUGGAAAGAGCUAUGAAGGCCCAACCAUGCCUGCAGAGAAGGAGAAAAUCUCUCAAGAGGAGACAGUGGUAGAAGAGGUGGUGGAAGAAGAAGAACCAGUGGAAGAGGUGCCGCCUCCCAAGGCAAGUACCGUGAUACCUGCACCCCCUGCUGAGGUUAAGAUCCCAUUUCCACAACGCGUGCAGAAGAAGAAACUAGAUGAUCACUUCUCUAGGUUUCUUGACAUAUUUAGAAAAGUGAACAUCAACAUCCCGUUGGUAGAGGCGUUACAGCAAAUGCCUACAUAUGCAAAGUUUCUAAAAGAUGUGCUCUCCAAGAAGAAGAAGUGGACUGAUUAUGAGACGGUGAACAUAUCUGAAAACUGUAGUGCCAUAAUUCAGAAAAAGCUACCGGCCAAGCUUAAAGAUCCUAGGAGUUUCAACAUCUCAUGCGUCAUUGGAAAUGACAGACAGACAAAGGCACUUUGUGAUCUGGGGGCGAGUAUAAAUUUGAUGGCAUUAUCAUUUUUCAGAAAGAUGAAGAUCGGCACUCUCAAGCCGAUAACAAUCACGCUACAGAUGGCAGAUAGAACCGUCACCUAUCCCAAAGGAAUUAUUGAGGACGUUCUUGUGAUGGUACACGACUUCAUAUUCCCCGUCGAUUUUGUAGUGUUGGAUAUGGAAGAAGACGUGAAUGUACCGCUUAUCCUGGGGCGCCCAUUCCUUGCAACGGGAAAAGCAUUGAUAGAUGUAGCAAAGGGAGAGCUCACUCUUCAUAUGGGCAACAAACGUCACAUCCUAUCUAUCUACAAUGCUAUGAAGAGUCGUGAGGAAGAAAAACUUGUUAUGAAGAAGGAGUGCAAAGCUGUGCACGUUGUAGAGGUCCAAAAGGCACAAGAAAUUGAGUUCACAUUUGGGGAUUUUUCUUUACCGCAAUGGAUGUUUGCUUCAUGUGGUUGA